GCCGCCGAGGCCUGAGCCGGCCCGCGGGCGCCGCCUCGAAGAUGACCCGCACGGACCCGCCGGCCCCGCUGGUGUCCACCGUCUACCCGGACAUGAAGCCGUUGGCGCCGGGCCCCGCCGCCCCGGACGGCCGCCCGCCGUGGGAGCGGCCCCCGCCCCGCCCCGCCGCCCCCUUCAACAAGCGCCACUGCCGCAGCUUCGACUUCCUGGAGGCCCUGGACGGGGCGGGCGGGCCCCCCGGGCCCCGCCACCGGGCCCGGGACCGCGACGGCGGCCGCGCCCCCGGCCCCCGCCCGGAGCCCCUGCGCCGGCCCCGCUCCAAGAGCGCCCCCCGCCCCGCCGCCCCCGCCCCCGCCCCGGGGCGGCGCGGCCCCCUCGAGGCCCACCCGUGGCGGGAGCCCCCCGGCCCGGUCCUGCCCCCGGCGGCCCGCCCGCUGGCCAACGAGGUCCACCCCAUCAAGCUGCAGCCGCAGCGCAGCGGGGCCCUGUGCGCCCCCCCGGCCCCGGGCCCGCCCCCGCUCCAGCCCCCGCCCGUCCCGCACGUCCGCUGCCGGCUGGACGUCAAGCCGGACGAGGAGGUGCUGCGGCAGGCCGAGCGGGGCGGCCCCCGGCCCCGGCCCCCGGUCCCGGCCCGCACGCCCACGCCCGGCGACUGGCGCCGCCCCGCCGGGGACGGACCCCCGGGACCCCCGGGACCCACGCAGUUCUUCUACACCGAGGCGCCCCGGCCCCGGCCCUCCCCCGCUCCUCUCCGGGCCGGGCCCUACUACCCGGAGCGCAGCCGGACCUUCCCCGCCCGGGAGCCCCCCGCGGGCCCGCGCCGCUCCUCCUUCUUCUUCUUCUUCCCGGCCCGGGCCCGCCGCCCCUUCUCCCGCUCGUGGGACGACCUCCUGGCGCCGCCGGGCCCCCGGAGGGCCGGGCCCCCGGGCCAGGGCCGCAGCGCGGAGGACCUGGCGGGCGGCGGGGAGCCCCCGCGCCGCCCGCCCGUCGUGGUCACCCUGUCCAGCUCGCCCAAGCGCUACGCGGCGCUGUCGCUGUCGGACAGCUCGCUGGCCGAGCCGGGCCCCGGGGACGGCGGCGCCCGCACCUGGUUCGUCACCCCGGAGAUCACCAUCACCGACAACGACCUGCGGGCCCGGGGCGGGGGGCGGCCGGCCGGCCGGGGCCCCGGCCCGGAGCAGCUGGACGAGCUCAUCGCCGACCUGCUCAUCGACGGCGGGCCCGCCGCCGCCCGCCCGCCGGCCCCGCGGCCCCCCGACGGCCUGACCCGCCGCCUGCGCCGCCUGCUCGGCGAGGCCGGCCCGGACGGCCGCCCGAGGGGCGACGGGGACCCGGCGGCGGCGGAGGAGGGGGAGGAGGAGGAGGGAGAGGAGCGGCGGGGCCGGGCCCGCGGGGGCUCCCCGGAGCCGAGCGCCGCCGCCGCCCUGAUGCGCUGCUCCAACGCCAGGUGCCGGCGGCCGGAGACCCCGUUCAACGCCUGCCUCUACUUCAAGUCGUGCCACGGCUGCCCCACCUAUUACUGCUCCCGCCUGUGCCGCCGCCAGGACUGGGGCCUGCACAGGGAGAGCUGCGCCUCCGGCCGCCUGGGCGGCGUGUGCCGCCGCCUGCUGCGCUUCUGCCGCGCCAGCGCGCCGGUGCACCGGGCCUUCUCCCGCAUCGCCCGCCUGGGCUUCCUCUCCCGCGGCCGCGGCGUCCUCUUCCUGGGCUUCCCCAGCCCCGGCUCGGCCGAGAACUUCCUGCGCUUCGGCCUGGAGGGCCUGCUCCUCUCGCCCGCCUACCUGUCGCUGCGGGAGCUGGGUGGCUACGCCGACCCGCUGGGCGGCUACGGCCGCCGGCUGCAGGCCGCCGGCCGCCGCUACGAGCCGGCCGAGUGCUUCCUGCUCAACGUGGCCGUGGCCGUGGCGCCCGGGAGCCCCGCGCCCACCGUGCGCCGCUUCGCCCGGCUGGCCCUGGCCCCGGCCGCGGCGGCCCCGGCGGUGGCGGCGGCCCACCCGGCGGCGGCGGCCCGCCCGGCGGCGGCGGGGGCCCCGGUCCUGGACACGCUGAUCCUCACCCCGCCGCCCGGCACGGCCGAGCCGGGCCAGGAGGGCGAGGCCGGCCGCCGGGCCCGCGAGGUCUGCUUCAUCCACAUCCAGCGCCAGCUGCGCCUCCGCGGCGUCUGCCUCCGCCGCCAGUUCCCGGCCGUCUACGAGCGGCUCUGCCGCUUCGUCGAGGGCGGGCGCCGCUUCACCCCCACCACCAUCUACCCCACCGACGGCCGCACCGGCAGGCCCUUCAUGUGCGUCAUCCUGGCCGCCUCCGAGCCCCGCACCCUCGACUGGGUGGCCGGCGACGACCUCCUCGACGACCUCAUGUGACCGCCACCGCCUCCCGCGUCCCGUCCCCCGUCGCGGAGCGGGCCGGCGGGGGCGGGAGAGGGAGGCUCCCCGUCCCCCCCCACCCCCACCCGGCCCCUUCCCGCCACGUGGCCCGGAGGGCGGGAAUUCGCCGGAGCCUCGAGGCCCUCCGCGCCCCGGCCUGCGCCUGACGCCCGAAGCGCGGAUCUGCCCCCGGCCCGGGAGCCGAGGCCGCGGACCUCCCGGGGGCGGGUCGCCCGCAGACUCCUUCGCGCGCCAAGCCCGGGGGCUCCGGAUGCGCCCGGCCACCCGGGCCCCCGGGCCCGCGCC